GGGCGGGGAAGGGGCCGAGCCCGAGGCGGUGCCGCGGCCGGGGCGGCUCCGGUGGCGGCGCAGCCGGCGGCGGGCGGCCGCGGCGCGGGAGGCGGGCGCUGCUCGGCGGCGGCGGAGGGCGCGGGGCCGCGACAUGGCGGUGGCGGCGGAAAGCGCCUACUACAGGUUCCUGGUGCUCUUCUUCAACUGCCUCCUGACCUUCGGCUCUUACUUCUGUUUCGACAUCCCCAGUGUCCUGCAGGACCAGUUCCAAGGGAACUUGACCUGCCCCAAUGGAACCCAUCAUAACAGCACUGGGCACAAUAGCACGUUGGAUUGUGUGGAAGGCUUGGGAAUGACACCUGCACAAUACAACUUGCUGUAUGCCAUCUACGCUUGGACAAAUGCAGUAGUGGUGAUUCUGGCUGGAUUCCUGAUCGAUAAACUAGGAAAUCGCUUUGGUGUCUUUGUUUUCUCCCUGCUGACUGUGCUGGGAUCAUCGAUCUUUGCUCUGGGCUCUCAUUUCAAGGGGUCACCGUAUCUCCUGCCACUGAUGCUGACAGGAAGACUGCUCUUUGGCUCUGGAAAUGGGUCACUUACUAUUGUGCAGAAUCGUAUCACAGCCUUCUGGUUCAAAGGCAAGGAGCUGGCACUGGCGUUUGGACUGACCCUGUCUUUCUCCCGUCUUGGAAGCGUCCUCAACUUCUUCUUCACCCAGCAGUUUGAGACGCGCUUUGGAAUACAGUGGACACUCUGGGGGGGUACUCUGCUCUGUGUGCUUGGGUUUGUUUCAGCCAUCACAGUCAGCGUGCUAGAUAAAGUGGGCAUGAAGCAGCUUGGCUUGGAUGGUGUUAUCCAGCAAGAAUCCAAAAAAGUGAGGAUACAGGACAUCCGGCGUCUUCCCCUUCGCUACUGGCUCCUGGUCCUCACCAUCAUGUUCUUCUACAACGGAGUCUUCCCCUUUGUGGCAGAUGCCAGCAAGUUUAUCCAGGAUAAAUAUUCUGGUUACAGUCAGCAGGCAGCCGCUUAUAUUGCUGGGGCAGUGUACGACAGCUCCCUUGUUCUCUCUGCAGCAGUUGGCAUAUUAAUCGACUACGUUGGACUGAGAGGCAUCUUUGCUGUUGGCUGUGCUGUGCUUACUCUGCCAGUCUUCGCUCUCCUGGCAUUUACGUUUGUCCCUCCACUAGUGUCUACCAUCUGGUUGGGGAUUACUUACUCUUUUGCUGCUGCUAGUAUGUGGCCAUCCAUACCACUUGUGGUGCCCCAAGCAACUUUAGGCACUGCUAUGGGGCUAGCAACUUCUGUGCAGAUGAUCGGAAUUGGCCUUUCAAAUCUGAUUGUUGGACACAUUCUAGGAACAAAGUCCAGUGAAUUAAAGAUCCCACUGUGGCGCUGGCAACAGAUGAUGAUCUUUAUGUUGGCGAACACUAUUGCAUGUAUUGUUGCAUCUGUCAGCCUCAAUGUGGUGGACAAGAAACAAGGAGGGACACUGAACAGAACAAGAAAGGGAUCACCUGUGGAGCCGGAGGACAGACAUGGAGCAGAUACAGCGCCACUCCUUGAUGACGACACAAGAAACAAAGGCUCCGUCAACUGAACUCUUGCAGCGUGAGAACAGUGAUGGCUGCCAGAUACAGUAUUGAUCAUUUCUACUUGAAAGUGAAUUUUUAGCCUCUGUAUUUUAAAUGUCUUUAAAGAGAAAUCUCGUUCUGUUAUCCAUUAAGAUCUGUGAAGGGAAUUACCUACACAAAGGGAAUGUUUUCCGUUCUUUGUGUCUGGAACACAAGUGGAACAUGUCUGCUACUCGGUUCUUGGCAUUUUCUGCCAUGUACAUUAAUCUGCAUGCAGCACUUUUUAAGAACUAUACUACAGUAGGUAAAAUUAGUCUAGCUGAAGCUUGUUCAUAAGCUGUUAGGUAGUCUCUUUAGCUUUUUUUAAUCUUGCAUUAAAACUCCCCACGAGGUGCAUCUGGCUGGACUGCUAUUGUUCCUCAGCCUGAAGGAUCCUGUGCGGCAGCACUCUCUACUCCACGUACCUUGACAGACCUUCUGUGUCAGUAAUUGCUCUAGAUUAGCAUACUUCUUUUCCAAAUUAGAUAUGCAUACGAGUAACACCAUCAUUAUCCUUCAGGCAGGAGUUGGAGAUUGAGUUACUCAAAUUAUCAGCUUUUACACAUGGAAGCAUAUCUUAAUUGCUAAUUACCUUACUAGAAAUGCUUCCAUAAGCCAUGUCUUCAUUUGCCCUCAAAAGCAUGUGCAGCUUUGAUCUGAAAUUGUCCUUUAAACCAGGUUACUCUUGGUCAUGGAUGCUAAGGCUUGUUUUACUGAGCCAAUUGCCCUUUUUGCUAUGCAAUCUCAGAAAGUGUUUACAAAAGCAUAAAGGGUGCUUUAAGAAUGAAGUAAACUUUAAUGUAGCCAAGUACAGGGAGUGCUAAAGUGAAUGACUUUGAGUAAAUUAUUACAAAUUCCAAAGAGAAAGAGAAGCUCUGUUCAAGAUACGUUUAAUAUAAAUGCUGGUAAAUUGAAAGCAAUUUAGGCACUGACAGCAUCCAAUAAAGUGACAUCGUAAGUGGUUAUGACAGAAGACAAAUCUUCCCAUGUAGAAAACUUUGCUUUAAAAUAAUUUAGUUAAGACAACUUGUUCAUGUAGUGAGGUCUUUUUUAAGUGCCACUGUGAAUUCAUUUCAUAGUACACACAAUUAAAGGAUUUCCCUUAAGGAUUCUGAUGUAGCUGAAACUUGGAGUGAGGUGAGAAGUCAGAAAAGUAGCUGUAAACAACCAACUCCUUUUUUUUUUUUUUUUUUUUUCAAAAGAGUUUCAGAUUAUUCUCACCCCAAAACAGUAGGCCUCGUAUAGCUGUUUAUUCACUGAUUAAGCAGUACUAGAUAAGUACUUGUCCUUUUACUGUGAUACAACUAGAGAAACCUGCUACUGUUUAAAGCUUUCCGCAAGCUUGUAUCAUUUAUACCUGCUACCCAGCUCUAGUGUUUCACUAGACUGGUAAAUCAGACUCCUCCUGGACUGUGGCUUUGGCCUGUCUCUGAGCCGCCAGUCCCUGUGCUGUUCUUUAGUGCUGGAGACCUGCUGGUUUUUUUCCUAGUAGUUUUUUUUCUUAGCUGUUGUUUUUUUCAUAGAAGAAUCCCAGGCUGAGCUUCCAGAUGUGAUUAUGGGAGACUGUCUACAAAGGAAAGCAUGCAUUCAAAAGGACUGCUCUUGUCUGCCAGAUGCUACCAACAUCUGGUUUAAAAGCAAUGCCUGCUAGUGAAGUAGUCAGUCUGGUUGGCAGGUAGUCCUCAGCUUUGUGGGUUUAUAUGCCAUAUCCUGCUACCGCUGCACUCAAUGGGGUUGUUCCUGUAUUGGGUGCUGAAAUAGUCCCUAGAAAUCCUGUAUUCUGUGCUUUGUGGAGAAACCCAAAACCUUGCCAUUUCUCAUUUGACAUCUCAUAAUCUACUUCCCAAUUAGAAGAAACUUCAUGCUUCUGUUUUGAAGAGUUGUGAUGUGCUGCCCUUAAAACCUGCCACUGGUUCACAGCGCUCCUGAAACUAUAGCACUGGGAGCCUCACAGCCUACUACUGCUCCACUGUGAAGCAUUCCUGCAUAUUUAUCACAGCAUAUAACAUGGACACAACUUACUUUGACUAGAAAGGGUUUUGCAGAUACCAGUGUGCAAAGACCCAGGCAUGUGUUUCAUAAGCCCUUUCAUAUAUUCUAAAGAUGGGGAAAAUUCUAGUGGUCCUCAAGUCUGUUGCUCCAAGUCCAUUUUGGGGUUAGGCAGAUUAAAGGAGCAGUGCUAGAGCCUCUUAGAGAGAAGAGUUGCUCCUACAAGACUGCUCACGUCUUUAAGCUCAGACUAGUAAAGCUUGAAGCUUGCAUAACUACACUGAGGAGGCAGAGAAUAAGGUUUCCUGCGUCAGCACCUAUUAAUCUCUAUUAAGGAAUAUCUAGGACUUCCUGUUACUCCUGUUUAACUACUUUUUUCAUUAAUUACUCACUGAUUACAAGAAAGCCAUCUUCA